AACAACAACAACAAAUCCAACAUCAAUGUCAAGAGUCAAGGCUCAAGGUGAAGGUCUUCUCCAACAUUUGAUAUUUCAAUUUUCAACAACACCAACAACUACUAAAUCUUAAGCCAUAAUAAUAAUUUCUUCACUACAAAGUUUCAAGUUUUGUGUGCACACAUCUUGUAUUUUCUCUCUCCUCCAAACCAUGCCCAUCUCCUCCUACCUCGGUAACCGCAGCAGAGGUACCGGCGGUGGGUGGGCCCGCUCAUUUCUCCCGACCACCACUCCCACCACCCCAACCAAAUCAAAACUCCCCCGUAAAUCACGCCGACGGGCCCAAUUACGAGACUUUAUAUGGGCCCACUUCUUUACAAUUGGGCUUUCUCUAUCUCUUCUCCUCUUCACGGCGGCCUUUUUUCGGUUCGGCCCAUUUUCUCUCUCCUCACCUCGAUUUUCACGCCGGCACUCCACCACCAGGCCCAGAAAGCCCAACCUAAGGAAACUACCCUCUGCUUCUCACAACGACGUCGUUUCAUCUGCUGCUGCUGUUGAUAUUACUACCAAAGAUCUGUAUGAAAAAAUAGAGUUUUCUGAUGUUGAUGGUGGGCCAUGGAAGCAAGGUUGGAUGGUUACUUAUAAAGAAAAUGAAUGGGAUAAUGAGAAAUUGAAGAUCUUUGUUGUUCCUCAUUCUCAUAAUGAUCCUGGUUGGAAAUUUACUGUCGAUGAGUAUUAUGAUCGUCAGUCUCGUCAUAUUCUUGAUACUAUUGUUGAAUCUCUCUCCAAGGAUGCACGGCGCAAAUUUAUCUGGGAGGAGAUGUCAUACUUGGAGAGGUGGUGGAGGGAUUCUUCAGAUAGUAAAAGGGAAGCUUUUACAAAUUUAGUGAAGAAUGGGCAAUUGGAAAUUGUUGGAGGUGGUUGGGUAAUGAAUGAUGAGGCUAAUUCACAUUUCUAUGCUAUAAUUAAGCAGAUGACAGAAGGUAAUAUGUGGCUAAAUGAAACCAUCGGUGUGGUUCCGAGAAAUGCUUGGGCAAUUGAUCCAUUUGGAUACUCUCCUACAAUGGCAUAUCUUCUCCGACGCAUGGGAUUUGAGAACAUGCUGAUACAAAGGACUCACUAUGAGCUUAAAAAGGAACUUGCCUUGCAUAAAAAUCUGGAGUUCAUAUGGCGACAGAGCUGGGAUGCUAUGGAAACUACAGAUAUAUUUGUGCAUAUGAUGCCCUUCUAUUCGUAUGAUGUUCCCCAUACUUGCGGGCCUGAACCAGCAGUUUGUUGUCAAUUUGAUUAUGCUCGGAUGCGUGGUUUCAUUUAUGAACUCUGCCCCUGGGGUCAACAUCCUGUGGAGACCAAUCAAGAAAAUGUGCAAGAGAGGGUAGGAAAGCUGUUGGAUCAGUACAGAAAGAAAUCAACUUUGUACAGAACGAACACACUUCUGAUUCCCCUAGGAGAUGACUUCCGUUAUGUCAGCAUUGACGAAGCAGAGGCGCAAUUUAGGAAUUAUCAAAUGCUAUUUGAUUAUAUUAAUUCUAAUCCCAGCUUAAAUGCAGAGGCAAAGUUUGGCACUUUGGAUGAUUACUUUCGAACCCUUCGUGAGGAGGCUGAGAGAGUGAACUAUUCACUUCCUGGCGAGGUUGGGUCCGGUGAAAUUGAAGGUUUUCCGUCUUUAUCUGGCGACUUCUUUACUUAUUCUGACAGGCAGCAAGAUUACUGGAGUGGAUAUUAUGUUUCAAGGCCUUUCUUUAAGGCUGUUGAUCGUGUGCUGGAGCAUACACUUCGUGCUUCAGAAAUGCUGAUGGCACUACUACUAGGACGUUGUCACAGAGCUCAGUGUGAGAAGUUGCCGGCUAAUUAUGCCCACAAGCUGACAGCUGCAAGGAGGAAUUUGGCCCUCUUUCAGCACCAUGAUGGGGUGACUGGUACAGCCAAGACUCAUGUGGUCAAGGAUUAUGGAACCCGAAUGCAUACCUCUUUGCAGGAUUUGCAAAUUUUCAUGUCUAAAGCAAUUGAGGUACUGCUAGGCAUUCGCUUUGAGAAAAAUGAACAAAAUCCUUCUCAAUUUGAGCCAGAACAGGUGAGAUCCAGAUACGACGCGCAGCCAAUUCACAAGGAAAUUAAUGUUCAAGAAGGAUCUGCAAAAUCUGUGGUCAUAUUUAAUCCUCUGGAGCAAACCAGAAAUGAGGUUGUGAUGGUAAUUGUUGACAGAUUAGAUGUAAGUGUCUUGGACUCCAACUGGACAUGCGUUGAGAGCCAGGUUUCUCCUGAAAUGCAGCAUGAUAAGGGCCAGAUAUUUACAGGGAAGCACCGUAUCCACUGGAAAGCUUCGAUUCCUGCUAUGGGGCUUCAGAUGUAUUAUCUUGUCCAUGGAGCAGGGCAGUGUGAGAGGGCAAAGCUGGCGGACCUGAAAAUUUCAGCGAAUUCUGACCAGUUACCCUGUCCUGCACCAUAUGCUUGCUCGAAAAUAGAGGGAGAUAUGGUGGUAAUUCGGAACCGUCAUCGAACUCUUACUUUUGAUGCAAAUCUUGGGCUAUUGAUGAAAGUUGUUAAUAGUGAUGGUUCUCAAAAUAACGUGGGUGAAGAGCUAAGCAUGUACAGUAGUCAAGGAAGUGGUGCAUACCUUUUUAAGCCUGUGGGUGAUGCGCAACCUUUUAUUGAAACUGGUGGACAGUUGGUGGUUACCAUAGGUCCCUUGAUGCAGGAAGUAUAUUCUUAUCCAAAAACUCAAUGGAAUGAAGCACCAAUAUCUCACAGUACUCGAGUUUAUAAUGGGGAAAAUACCAUCCAGGAGUUUCUCAUUGAGAAGGAAUAUCAUGUUGAACUUAUGGGUGACCGCUUCAAUGAUAAGGAACUGAUAGUCAGGUACAAGACUGACAUUGAGAAUAAGAGGAUUUUCUUUUCUGAUUUGAAUGGUUUUCAGAUGAGCCGGAGAGAGACCUAUGAUAAGAUUCCUGUGCAGGGAAAUUAUUACCCAAUGCCUUCUCUUGCAUUUAUGCAAGGACUUGAUGGUCGCCGUUUUACAGUUCAUUCGCGUCAAUCUCUGGGUGUGGCAAGCCUGAAAAAUGGAUGGCUGGAGAUUAUGCUUGAUCGCCGUCUGCUGCAGGAUGAUGGACGUGGUCUUGGGCAAGGGGUGACUGACAACCGUCCAAUGACUGUUGUAUUUCACAUCCUCCCCGAGUCCAACAUUUCUUCAGUUUUAGACCCCAGUACAACUUCUCUUCCACUGAACCCUUCGUUGUUGUCGCACUGUAUAGGAUCUCAAUUAAAUUAUCCUGUACAUGCAUUCAUUUCGAAGAAAGCACAAGAACUUGCCCCACAACCACCACCACCUCGAUUCUUCUCCCCUCUAGCUUCUUCUUUACCAUGUGACCUGCAUAUUGUGGACCUCAAAGUUCCCCGGCCGUCAAAGUUUUCGUUCUUGGAGCAUCCUGUAGAACAUCCAAGGUUUGCUCUUCUCGUUCAGAGGCGGGGUUGGGAUUCGUCAUACUGUCGGACCGCUAGAUCAAAGUGCACAAAGUUAGCAGAUGAACCUGUAAAUCUUUUUAGUCUGUUCAAAGACCUAGACGUCAUGCAUGUUAAAGCAGCAUCUCUGAAUCUGCUGCAUGAUGAUACAGAGAUGCUUGGUUAUACUGAGCUGUCUGGAGAUGUUGUUGAAGAGGGGCAUGUUGUCAUCCCUCCCAUGGAAAUACAGGCCUACAGACUGGAGUUGCGGCCUCACCAAUGAUACCCAGCUAGCUCUUUAAUUUGCAGUCUUGACAGAAAUCAUUGCCUCAGGAAACUAUCCGAGAGGAAGGAAUUUACCAUAUAUUGCAGUCUCAGAGGAGUGUACUGAAAUGCUUGUAGUAACACGAAAUUGUUGUCCAUCUAUCUCCACACAAGCACCAGGGACAUUCGCAAUAAUGAUGUGCAGAUGCUGCUGGUUGAUCCUGCUCUUGAAUGAAAAAUGACGCAGAUAAGCUUACUUAAAGUGAUAGAAGACCAGCCCUUGCCCCGCCCAUUUACAGAUCUUUAUGGUUGUGGCUUUGCGUUUUCUGGAUCUUGUGGAAGGAAGUCUGCUUUAUGACCAUUUGCAUACUUUGUUGAUAGGCCAAAAAUCUGUAAUUUAGAUGUAAUAGUAGUGUAGAUGAAGCAGUUUAUGUCGUUUUUUUUGUGCAACUGGUCAUGCUACAGGAAAAUUCUUGUACUUUUUUUGGUUUGCUGACAGAUACAUGCCAUUGAAUUCUGAUGCACUUGUAUGUUCCAUUUGCUACUCUGCAAAUAGUUAAUGACUGAAUACUACUCCUUACUUAAAAACUUAAAUUACCUAUUGCAAUGUUUGAGAUAUUGGUUUU